GGCUGACUAGUCUGCAAAGGAGCUGCCGAAGGGGCUCACCCGCUCACGGGCUCUCUUGGAAAGACAGAGGUGUCACACGCACGAUGGUACCAGGGCCGGCAUCACGGCGAGAACCGCCAGGAGCGGGACCGGCACACCCAGCAGCAGCUGGAGGAUCGCGGACACGGACGCCCAUAGUGUCACCGCCGACCACCGGAGUGGCCUCGCAGCAAGCAACCGGAUUUCAAAUGCCGGCGAUCCCGGGCUGCCCCCCGGGUCUGGAAUACCUCACGCAGAUCGACCAACUUAUCGUCCGCCAGUCUGUAAAUCUCGUCAAUAUGCUCAUGCCGAACCUGGCCACGAGCGAGUACCUGGUGACGAACACCAUGGACCAAUUUGUCUUCAAGGCGACUGAGGACUUCGACUUGGCGUGCCAGGGCGUGGGCCCCAGGCGGCCCUUCCAGAUGGCGCUGCACGACUCCCGCAAGGCCGAAGUGUUGCGGCUUGUCCGGCCACUUCGCUGUGAUUCGUGCCUCUGUUUUUGCUGCCUCCAGAAAAUGGACGUCCGUGAUCAUUCAGGUGCAACGAUCGGCUCCCUCAGGAUGCAGUGCACCCUGCUAUAUCCGAAUUUUUCAGUGCUGGACAGCGAGAAGAACGCUAUCCUGCUGAUUAAGGGGCCCUGCUGCACAAGAUCCAUCUGUUGUGAGAACGUGAAGUUCGAUAUCGUAACCAUGGACGGCGUCACGAAGAUUGGCGCGAUAACGAAGCUCUGGGGUGGAUUGUGGAAUGAAGCCUGCAGCGUAGGUGAGCGCUUCGCGGUCACCUUCCCCUUCGAUUUGGACGUCAAGGUGAAGGCCGUGCUGCUCGCUGCCGUCUUCCUACUCGACUCCAUAUACUACGAGGGCGGAUUCUGUGCGACGUGCUGGAAUUGUGCCUGUUGUCUAACCUUCAGAACUCGUUAUACUUGACAACAGGUUAGACAUACGCAAAAGAUUCCAAGUUACAACAGACAUGAAUGCUGCGAA